CUAAUUCCGUACUUCUUUCAGAAACUUCUCCCGGAAACUCCUUUCGGUUUUCUACUGAUUCUUUACGAGGCACUUUUGAGACCUGGCACUAUGUUUAGACCCAUUUGCAGACACUCCGCAAGGCAAUUGAGCAAAGCAGCCCGUUCCGCGGCAAUCGGAACACGGCAUCUGCAUGCCCCUGUUCAAUUUGACUGGAAAGAUCCACUAGGCGCCAACAAUCUGUAUUCGGAAGAGGAGCUGGCGAUUUCAGAAACAGCAGAGUCAUACUGCCAGGAGCGUAUGCUCCCAAGAAUAUUAGAGGCAUAUAGAAAUGAGAACUUCGACCGGAAAAUUCUCGAAGAGAUGGGCGAAUUAGGCUUAUUAGGAGCAACCAUCCAAGGCUAUGGUUGUGCAGGUGUUAGCAGUGUCGCGUCUGGGUUGAUUACAAGAGCUGUCGAGCGGGUGGAUUCUGGGUAUCGAUCCGGUUACUCGGUUCAGAGUGCUCUAGUCAUGGGUGGCAUAGAAGAAUUUGGAACAGAGGAAAUGAAGGAGAAAUAUCUGCCUGAGAUGGCGAAGGGCAAAAUGCUCGGCUGUUUUGGUUUGACUGAACCAAACCACGGCUCGGAUCCUGGAUCGAUGGAAACGACCGCGAAACCUCACCCCUCAAAGAAAGGAUACUACUCGCUUUCUGGUGCCAAGACCUGGAUCACGAACUCGCCCAUUUCUAACUUGCUUUUGGUAUGGGCGAAACUGGAAAGCACUGGCAAGAUCCGUGGAUUUGUGAUUGAAAGAGGUCAAUGUCCGCCUGGCACACUCGAAACGCCGCCAAUCAAGAACAAGAAUGGUCUUCGAGCUUCGAUCACAGGAAUGAUCCAGCUCGACGAGUGUCCCGUCCCAGAAGCAAAUAUGUUCCCAGACGUGGAAGGCUUGAAGGGUCCCUUUGGCUGCCUGAACUCUGCCAGAUAUGGCAUUGCUUGGGGAACUAUAGGGGCGCUGGAAGACUGCAUCGACCGGGCAAGGACAUAUGCCUUAGAGAGAAAGCAGUUCAAAGGCAACCCAAUUGCGAAAUAUCAGCUUGUUCAAAAGAAGCUGGCGGACGCAAGCACAGACGCCGCGUACGGUAUUCUCUCAGCUAUUCAAGUGGGAAGACUGAAGGAUGAAGGAAAAGCUGCCCCCGAGAUGAUUUCAAUGAUCAAGAGGCAGAACUGUGAUAGGGCUUUGGUAAAUGCUCGCACGCUACAGGAAGUCUUUGGAGGAAACGCCGUCUCUGACGAAUACGGAAUAGGGAGGCAUGUAGCAAACCUAUUCGUGACUCAAACGUACGAAGGACAGAGCGACAUUCAUUCCCUGAUCCUCGGAAGAGCAAUCACAGGUAUCCAGGCGUUCUGCUGAGGCGCUGCUCGCCCUGCAGCACAGUUCUGCACAUGGAAGUCAGGGUCAAAUGUUGUGUCUCCGCGUGUAGAAUUAGAUUAGGAAAGUAUGCAGGCAGACGAGAAGUCGUUUCGAGGUGCCAAAAAUGCAGUCUCACGUUUCGAAACUUGAAAGGUCUCACAACUGCUUGCAGACAUGCCAAUCACACGGAACGCUGCGAGCUUUCAGCUUCAAGCUUCGCCGAAAGACGAAUCGCCGUAGACAUGAUAUGAUUG